ACACAGAAAGUAUUUCUUAAUUUAUUGUUUUUUUCAUAUUAAACUGUGCGUAUUAUAAUUUUUUCUCAUUAGGUAAAAAAAUGGGGGACUGGUCUAUCUUGGAGCGUCUCUUGACAGAAGUCCAGAACCAUUCCACUGUGAUUGGAAAGAUAUGGCUGACCAUGCUUCUCAUUUUCCGCAUCCUUUUGGUAACGUUGGUGGGCAAUGGGAUGUAUGGAGAUGAACAGUCCAAAUUUACCUGCAACACUCUUCAGCCUGGUUGCAAUAAUGUGUGUUAUGACAGUUUUGCUCCUGUUUCACACCUCAGGUUUUGGAUAUUUCAGAUUGUUUUGGUUUCAACGCCUUCCAUUUUUUACAUCAUCUAUGUCCUGCAUAAAAUUGCUAAUGAUGAGAAGACUGAACUGGAAAAGAACAACAUAAUGGAGCUGAUUCAGAGAUCUGAUGGAGAACACCUGUCCAAGAGCAAUAUAAACCCAGACGCUGAACAACAAAUGGAUGGUAAAGAUGCCUCCUGGAAAGGAACACAGUUUAAGUCAAAGUUAAGAAAGGAUUUCAAAGGGUCUACCCCAGUCUUUGACAAAAUGCACAUCAUCUAUAUUGUCCAUGUGGUACUCAGGUCUCUGAUGGAGGCUGGGUUCCUGGUGGGCCAAUACUAUCUUUUUGGUUUUGAAGUGCAUCUUCUUUUCCGAUGUGAGACAUACCCUUGUCCGACCACAACUGAUUGCUUUGUCUCAAGGGCCACUGAAAAGACAGUUUUCCUUAACUUCAUGUUUGGGGUUGGACUUGGCUGCUUCAUUCUGAACCUUGUGGAACUGCAUUACUUAGGUUGGUUCUAUGUUUUCCGCAUUUUAUCCCUGGCCUGCUCUGCCUGCUGUAAAUUUAAGAGUAGGAAGAAGGAGAAGCCAAAGGUUCUACACCCAGAGCAGAACAGCUUACUCAUACACUUAAAGGACACCAUACAAGAAAAGUUUGUGCUCAAGACUUCUUCAAGUUUAUCACAGGAGAAGAUACGUUGUCUCCCAUCACAGACAGCUGCCAUUUCCUUUACACAGGAUGACAACAGUGAUACUACCUCCAGGAAAGGCCCAGACAGUAAGCACAAUAGCCUUGACAAAAUAUACAAAAUCAAAAAAUCUUGGCUUUAAGAAAGAAAGGACCAUUUAAUAUAGGUCCAUCAAUCAUUUUCCAGCUUCUUUAUCAUGACUCGCUAUGAAUUGAU